UAACCUGCUUGAUAAUUACAUGUAUUUUUAUAUUAAUCUGCACUUUAGUCACAUUCACACUACGCAAUUUACUAAAGGUGUGAAGAUAUAUUAAAGAAAAUUGUGAUAUAUUGCUAUACCACAACUAUCCAUUAGAAAUGGCGACAAACGACAUGAGAAGUGUUGAUUCGGAUAUACGUAUCUUACUUGUUGGAAGGACGGGUCAUGGAAAAAGUUCCACAGCAAAUUCGAUCCUUGGAUCAGAAAAGUUCAAAAUAUCAUCCGGAGCCAAAUCAGAAACCUGUACUACCCAGUGGUCAAGGGUAUUUAAACGAUUUGGAAAAAAUAUCGAAGUGGUUGAUACACCUGGUUUAUUCGACACUCACAAAACUGAGCGUGAAAUACAUAGAGAACUCAUUCGAUCACUUCUUCUCACAACGCCUGGUUUUCAUGCAAUCGCAUUUGUGCUCGAAAAAGGUCGGUUUACAGAUGAGCUUGUAAAAACAAAGAACUUAUUUUUCGAUUGGUUUGGCAGAGGUGUAGAGAAAUAUUCAUGUAUUAUUUUAACCAAAACGGAAGACGAAAAAUCUUUAGAAAAAUAUAUUUCAACUGAUACAACAGAAGGUUUGGACGACUUGAUAAAAAAAUGCGGUGGCAAGCUAAGAAUAGCACCAAUCGAAAAUACAUCACCUGAAAUAGAACGAAAGGAAGCGCAAGUUAAACGAAUCCUAUACAUGGUGGAAGAAAUAAAGAAUGCUAACAGCAACACCCAUUUUACAAAUGUUGUCCUUCAGUUAGCCACUGUUUAUAUUACCAAAUGGAGCUCUAAAGAAACCGCUAAGUAUGCAAUUGAAUAUUUAAAGAAUGCUGGUGAAGGAAUUACUACCACACAACUUAAAAUAAUGCUUGAAUUCAUAGAUGAAAAUGAUGUGACCUAUGAUAUUCCGCCUGGAUCCGAUUCUGCUGAAGAAGAACAGCCGAUCAACCGAAGAAGAGGUAGAAUGCUUGAAUGCGGGGGUAUACCCAACGAUGAUGAAACGGUCUGUCUAUAUCAGUUCAAAAAAGACUAUUCGAGUGGACGAAGAGAUGAAUCUGGAUUUUUCAAUUUUUUUAGAAGAUUAUUGAAUGAAAUGAGGAAGCAAUUCUGUUGUAUUAUAUUAUAAGCUUUUUGUCUUUGGAUUCUGGAACUUCUUCAAGAAUAUAAUGAGAUUAACAUGCUCCAUUUGAUUGCCAUAUGUUAAUGUACAUAUUUAGCAAAUUCAUUCCAGUGAGGUAGUGACAUUAUCAACAGUCGUCCCUGGCUGUGUGGUUAAGUCCUUUGACUUCAAAUCACUUACCCCUCGCC